AUGGCCGGUGCAAAUGCUCGACGAUUUUUUGUUGGUGGAAAUUGGAAAAUGAAUUAUUCACAAGCUGUUUUAGAAAAAGUUAAUGACGCGUUAGGAAAAACAAAAGAUGCUGAAGCUGAUAUUGUAUGUGCACCACCAGCUCUUUUUAUCAAAGAUUUUGUUUCAUCAAAACCAUCGCAUGUUCAAGUAGCAGCACAAAAUUGUUAUCAUGCUAAAGAAGGUGCAUUUACUGGUGAAAUAAGCCCGGAAAUGUUAAAAGAAGCUGGUUGUACCUGGGUUAUUCUUGGUCAUUCAGAACGACGAACAUUAUUCAAUGAAGAUGAUGAAUUUUUAAAAAAGAAAAUUGAUUAUGUACUUAAUAAAACCGAUAUUAAUGUUAUUGCUUGUAUUGGUGAAACAUUACAAGAACGUGAAUCUGGAAAAACAAAUGAAGUUGUUGAACGACAAGUUAAAGCUUAUCAAGAGAAAAUUGCCAAUAAUCAAUAUGAUCGCGUUGUAAUUGCUUAUGAACCUGUAUGGGCUAUUGGUACUGGUAAAGUUGCAACACCUCAACAAGCUCAAGAAGUUCAUGAUCAUUUACGAAAAUUUAUUGAAAAAAAUACUAAUGGUGAUAUUGCUAAAAAAGUCCGUAUUAUUUAUGGAGGUUCAGUUACUGGAGCAAGCUGUAAAGAAUUAGCUCAACAAGCCGAUAUUGAUGGUUUUCUUGUUGGAGGUGCAUCGCUCAAACCAGAAUUCGAACAGAUCUGCAAAGCACGUCAAAAUUAA